AUGAAACAAUUGGAAACGUUUGAACGUCAAGAUAGCAUUCUAGCUCAUCCGAAGAUACCUUUUCGACACGUUAUAUGUGCUAUUUCCACAUUAUGUAUGACUUUACUCUUCUCUAAUAUUCACGUCUUCAACUUCACAGUUCUUUGUAUGAGCGAACAAGCUGACAACUCAACAGCUAUAGCAUAUAAUUAUACAAAACAAGAAAAAGAUCUUUUAUUGGCUGCCGGAUAUCUUGGACCGUUUCCGGCAAUGAUUCCGUUAUACUAUAUGGUAGCCAAAUACGGUGUUAGUGUGUCCAUGGCAUUCUGUGGAUUUUUGUCAUUCUUUGCAACCCUCUUCUCACCCUUGGCUGCUUACUACGGCUUCUGGCCAUUUAUGGUUAUGAGAUUGAUCCAAGGAGUUCCAGCAGCUAUAACAUCUCCUGUUAUGAGUGUGAUCACUUCACAUUGGUCUACCUUAGAGGGUAAUGGAGUCUAUGUAUCUAUUCUAGCGGCCCACUAUCAGUUGGCGCCAUUGUUAACAAUGCCCUUAUCGGCUAUCUUGUGUGAAUCAUUUGGAUGGGAAUGGGUUUACUAUACACAAGCUGUCUUGACAGGAUUAGCAUAUUUGGCAUUUGCAGUCAUCCAUUCUGACAAACCGACGCAUAGCCGUUUCGUUUCUCGAUACGAGUUGAGAAAAAUAGAAAAAGGAAAAUCACAUGAAGAGAAACAUGUUGAAAAGGCUCAAACUCCAAUCAAGGAAAUUUGCAAAACGUGGUCUAUUUGGGGAGUGUGGCUAUCAUCUGUGGGUGGGACCAUAGGAUUCUCCAUUUUCCUUCAAUAUGGCCCAACUUAUUUGAAUCAAGUUCUACACUAUAGCUUAACAACAACAGGAUGGUCAGCGGCUUUACCCUACAUUUUCUCCUGUGUUGCACGUAUUUUCGCCCAGCCGUUGACAGCCAACUGCGAGUUCUUGGGAGAAAAACUGGCUGCCAUUGUUAGCACAACGAUAAGUCAAGGAACUAUGGCUUUGUCCUUUAUUGUUCUUGUUUUCUGUCCAGUUGAGUGGAGUCAAGUUGCUUCUGUUUGCUAUUCUCUAGUGAUUGUCGCGAACGGCUUGAAUGGAGUCGGAAUAACUCGAAGUGCUCAACUGGUUUCACGUCAACAUCUUCGUUUUGUGUACACUGUCCGAGGUUUUGCAAAUUCGACAGUGGGCUUAUUCCUUCCCCUUCUGGUAAAUGUAAUGGCACCUGAUAACACACAUGCGCAAUGGACAAAGCUUUUCAUAGUUAUAUUCGUUAUAGUGCUCAGCUCAAACAUCUUUUUCAUCCUCGUGGCUGACGUGAAACCAGCCCCAUGGACAAUGGGCACUGUAGAGGUUGAUGACAGAGAUUCAGACGAAGAUAUCGAGAAAAUGGAAGACAAAAUAAGAAAAUUGGAAGGAGAUGAAGAAGAAAAAUAUUAA